AUGUUCAUUACUAGACCGAGAGAUAUCGAAGUUAUCGAAACCGAUUCUAAUGAAAAAUGUUUCAACACUUGCAUUGAAAAAGGACGUGAAUGGAUUCGAUGGUUUGAUCGAUUUAUCGAUGUAUUUGAAUAUCCUCUCGAAUGGUUUAACUGUCAUAAUGUUGAUGGAGCUCGUCAGUUGUUUAUUGAUUUGAAUAGUAUUAAAGAUAAUUCGACAACUACUUUAAUUCAAAUGGAAACAAUCGUUGAAAAAAUACUGAAACUUCUCAGACCCUUGAACGAUCUUCCACGUCUCUGUCAUCUAUUUAAUUGUUUAACACCAUUUCAGAUUAUAGAACAUGGUACAACGGAUGGUACAUACGACUGGAAAAAAUUCAUUCUGGAUUUAAAACGUUCUGAGCAGAAUAAUAACUUCACUAUUGGAGCAAAUGUCAGUGGCGGAAAAGCUUUUUCGAUUAGCAGUCGUCAAAACGUUCAUUGGUCUAUCGCUAGUGAAAAACAUGCUUGCAAUAUCAAAAUGGAGUAUCAAGUAAACGGUUUGAAAGAUAACUGUCAUUUAUUAUUUUCGAAGGAAAAUGUGCCUGUCGAUAGAAGAAUUUUAGGUGGUGAAUUUGAAACCCAAAAGUCUGGUCAGUUAUUAGUUACCAUUGACAAUGAAUCUGGAUAUGCGUCACGAACUAUAUGGUUGCGAAUAAAGUCAACUAAUUUAUCAAGAUGUCAUCUUUUUGACGGCAUAUUUAAUAUAAUCCAUCAAGCGUACAGCACACAGUCAGUUCGCACAAUUAAAGGCGGUCAACUGAAUCCAUUACUAGACAAAGCAUUUUCGUUCAUCGACAAACUCCUGACGGGUACUAUCAGUCUCAGAGAAAUGGUUGAUCUUAAAGCCGUCUUCUGUAAUAAAAACAUCAAUGUCGAAGACGAAGUUAGGAGGUUAUUUACUAAUCGUUCAGACGCUGAACUGCUUAAUCAACAAAGAGCAAAGAAAUUAUCAUCUACGAAUGCAAAUCCACUAAAUAAUGACAUCAAACUAGUAUGUGAAUGGCUACAAACCUAUCAAUAUUAUAGUCAUAUUAAUAAUAUUAUCGAUUGUAUAGAAACGUUCGAUAUUCUUACAAAAAAUAAUAAUGAUGAAUCAAUAGAUACUCUCAAACGAUUAUGUGGUAAUGAGAAUUGUACUCUUCGUGAAAUUACACAGGUUCAUAAAACCUUACAACAACGACUUAAACAUUUAUCAGGCUCACACUUACAAUUAAUCAAAACAAUGCUAGAAUGUUCAGGUGUUGUGCAGAUGAUAAAAAAACGUCAAUUAUAUUCAACUGAAGGACAACAUCGAUUUCAAGAAUUACGAGAUAAUUUAACAACACAAUUCCAGUUACAAGAACGCAAUAAUAUGAUUCUUAAUUCAUUAAUUAUAACUUAUGUAUUAUGCGAACCAUUUGCUAUGAAAGCAAAAACUUUCGAAGAAUUUGUUGAUCGUGUAGCUCGACUAUCAAAUGUGGAUGAUAAUUCUUUGAAACACAUAAAAGUUAUUAACGAAAAUAAACAAAUUGUAAACUUGUGGUUAUCAACAGAAGUAACAACUGUAUUGGACAAUGCUCUCGUAACGAUGGAAUAUCUAUACAAAACUGGCACAGUAAAUGUACACUUGAAACGACUAAUGAAUGAACAAUCUUAUUUUAAAAUUGAAUAUUCUAUUGGGAAAAUGCAAACGCAAAUAUUUAGAACACCUAUUGAGGAUGAUGAGGAAAAUGAAGGUAAGGUGGAGGAGCAACCACGAGAACCAGAAAAAAUUAAAUUCGUCUUGUCAAUGGCUGAUGUUGAUGAUCAUAAACGCCAGCUAACGUUUUGUAAUGUUGAUCUACAACAAAACAGGAUUCAUACAAAGAUAUUAUUGAAUGAACAACUGAAAUUAUUGAAAGUUAUCGAAAAAAUCUAUUUAGUCUCGACAAAACUAGAAAUGUCCGGCCAUCCAAACUACCAACUUAAAGAAGAAAAAUAUGAAAUGUUUGAUAAAACAGCUUUGAGCUGA